GGCGGAAGUUAAUGCAGCAGUCAGACGACACGGAGCGAAUGGUGACGGUGACGAAGCAAUCUAAUGGAGCAACAUCCAAAUCCGUGGAAUAGUUGAUUAAAAUGAAUAAUUGCGACGGCUGACGACAUUUCUUUGCAUUUUUUUGAAAGAACGAUGGCGUCGGGCGGGAAGGAACUUUCUCGAACAAGAGAGGAAAAGGAGCGACAGCAACAACCCGAUAUUUACGCCACUCACAUUGUGCUACAUAGUCAAGACCUCCAGCAGCUGAUUGGUCAUCAAGAACAACGUCCCACUCAGCCGUUGUGGGGGGUGUCCACUAUAAAGCAGGAGGAUCCACAGCCCCCGUUUGUUAAAGAAGAAGAAGAGGAACUACAGAUCACUCAGGAGGGUUUUCCAAGGCGGGAGGAGUCUGAUCUCAGUAAGUCGCCACUGACUGGUGUCUCUGUGAAGACUGAAGAUCAUGAAGACAAACCAGAUUGCCAGCAGCUGAUUGACAAUCAAGAACAUCUCUGUCAGACGCAGUGGGGGAACUCCACUUUGAAACAGGAGGAUCCACAACACUCCAACAUUAAACAGGAAGAAGCGGAAUUCUGGAUCACCCGGGAAGGAGAGUAUCUUCUAGGGGAGGAAGAGGCUGAUCCACUGACUGGUGUCUCUGUGAAGACUGAAGACCAUGAAGACAAACCGCUUGAGUCCUUACAGCUUCAUUAUCAUGAGGAGAACGCAGGAAGCUGCAUCUCACCGCAACACAUGACAACAGAAGCUGAUGGAGGAUCACAAACAAACAAAACAAACCCCUCAGCUCCUCUAUCAGAUAGCGACGACACAAUGUCACACUCUCCUGAGGACGAAGACCGAGACGUCACCCAAGAACCUUUGAGCAGCGAUCCAGACUGGGAGGGUGAUAUGAGGACUCACACCGACAAAAAACGCUCUGGAAAGAAAAGGGGUAAACGUCCAGCCAUCAUUUGCCAUCAUCAACUACAUAGUUUCUGCAAAGCCAAAAGCCUCAACCGGGGUGAUAUUGAUGACAUCUUCGAAGCCCUCUACCAUAACUCGGAUAAAGAGCGGCAAGAUGCUUUUGUUGCUGCUCAUAUCAUUCUCAGCCCAGUCGUUCGUCGCCGAGCAUCCAACCAGGUCAAAAGAGAGCGGAACUACUCUCCCACUUUCUAUAUAACGACACAAAGUGGGGAAAAGGUUGAAGUUUGUUCCGCCACCUUUCACAGCAUCUUUGCUCUCGGGAGGAAACGGGUCGGCAACAUCAUGAAGUUUGCCUGGGCAAACAACAGUCAUCCGCGACCAGAACAGAGAGGCGGCGCAAGAGAAAAUUUCCGAGCUAAGGAAGUGAACGUCUUGAUCAAAGCUCACAUCAAGUCAUUUCGAUGCUGUGCUUCACAUUACGGACGGGACAAGCGGUAUCUGCCCUCUUCGCUAAGCAUCCAUCGAAUGUCAGAGCUGUAUAAUGAGGAACAUCCAGAUCACCAGGCUUCAUACACAACAUACUGGCGAGUCUUUGUCAACAACUUCAACCUGGGCUUUGGCAGUCCUACAAAAGGCCAAGAUCUCCAGUGAGACAGAUAAUAUCAAGAAAAGGGUGCUCAUCACAGAGCUCAUGGUUCACCGGUGUCGGGCCAGGAAGUUUUAUGAGCUCAUGGGACCAUCAUGGUGUCCUUUGAUCUCGUGCAAAAUCAAACACUCCCCAAAACACCGCUCGGUGAGGCUUACUAUGCACGCCAGCUGUGGAUGUAUGUUCUCGGUAUUAUUGAACAUAAGCCAAGUGGAGAACAAGAUGUGCCAGGAACACAACAUCCACAAGAUAUCCACUUCUAUUCCUGGCGUGAACAGGAAAUGGCACGAGGAGCUAAUCAAGAGGCCAGCGCGCUGCACAACUUCCUCGAUAUGAAGGCUAUCAGAAGAUCACGCAAUUAAGAAAGUGCUGUUUAGCGACUCUUGUGUCGGCCGCAAUAAAAAUAGUACUGUUCUUGGUGUUCUAACAAAGCUUUCUGUGGAACACAAGGUUGAGAUGGAGCAUGUGUUCCCAGUGACGGGGACACUCGUAUAUAUAUGCCUGCUCAUCGAGCCUUUGGCAGGGUGGAAAAAAAAAAGACUCCGACGCAUCGAGAACAUCUUUCUUCCUUCAGAGUAUUUGACAGAAUUUGCCAAAUUCGGUCGAGUAUACGUGCACAACCAAGAUUGGCAGGCAUACGACUUCAAGCAAAGCACCUCAAAAUUGACCCAACGACAGGAAAUGUCAAUGUCAAUGCAAUUUUUAUUCAGCGCAGGGAGAGAAACACAGCAUUUUGAAGAGGGGCAGAAAACGGUCAGCGGUCGUACCCACCAUUCUGAAACUUGAGAGCUGCGUUAAACCAGCAAAACAGACAGAAAACGGAAAUGAUCGCUAGCGGUAUAGGCAUCAAUAUCGAGAACAUCCCUCCAGUGGCCACAGGUCCACGCACAUACCAUGAUGACCGUGAAGGAGUUGACAGCGAUGAGGAAGAUGAAGCAACUAUUGUUCAAUAUGAUGAAUGAAAAUGAAUAGUUCAAGCUUUAAUUCAUUUUAGUGUACUUUUACAUGUACACGUAUGAUAGUUACAGUAUGUUAUCUUGUUGUGUUUUUACAGUAUUCUGUAACAUGGAAGUUUUUUUUUUUACGCCAUAAAAGGCAUGUCUCUACCUUGACACCUCCAACUUUCAUGAGAAACAUUAUUUUACUUGUACAGUAAACCUCGGAUAUAUCGGACUCGGAUAUAUCGGCAAUUCGCUCACAACGGACAGAUAAAAAAAGAACCAAUUUUUCUGUAAUGCAUUUCCAAUAAAAAUUCAUUGCAUAUAUCAGAUUUUUUUAUAACGGAUUUCGCCUAUUUUGGAUAAAAAUCUCCAGUCCCGUUCCAAUGCAUUUCCAUUCAAUUUCCCUGGCAUAUAUCGGAUGGCCGCAUCGUGGCGCUCCGAUUCGCCGAAUCGUGACAGGCCGCUAUACGACGUCGUUUGCAGCGUUUGCAGCGUUUGCAGCGUUGCCUGCGCGUCCAGGUACAUUGGAAACAUAGUCAAGGAAGUGCCUUUUUAUAACGGAUAAAAUCCGAUUUACGCAUAUACCGGAUAUAAAUCCGAUAUAUGCGUAAAACGGACAUUUUCCGGUAUACGCAUAUAACGGAUUUCGCUUAUAUCGGACAAAACCAGUGGGAACAAUUGAAUCCGAUAUAUCCGAAAAACAUACAAUGUAAAGAGUUUGUAAUGAGAUGAUUUUUGUCACUGUCACCUUCAUGGUGCAGGCAAAUAUGAGCACUGCUUUUAAUAAAAAAUUUUAUUAUUGUCUGCAAAUUGUUAUUUUUCAUGUGUCGCUCUACUGCAGCCUACAGGUUGAAUGCACCCGCAAUGUAUGACAUGUCUUGUACCAUUGUCUUAAUAUAAUAUAAGGGUAAUUGGGUAUGUUGAGUUGUGUUAAAGCUGAUCAUCAUGGAAUGUGGAUGAUGUUAAUGUGUGCUAUAAUAUCUUAACAAAAAAUUUAUCAGUAACAAUGUACAUACUAGUGGUAGGUUAUAACAUUUUGUGUAUGUAAUGUGUGAAGGUGAACGAGUGUGUGUGUGUGUGUGUGGGUGGGGGGGGGUGUAUUGUAUGUUGAGAAUGGCUUCUGUGUUGUAAUUGUUUUAUUAGCAUAGCACAUUAAAGCACCUUACAUUCUUUUACAACAAUGCCAUUGAAGAAGUUAAAGGUGACUUCAAAUUUAUUUCAGCCAAAAGGCGCUAAAUCCGAGAA